AUGGAUAUUGGUUUGUUUGAAUCACCCUCGGUUGCCAUGCUUAGGGUGCGUGCUGUUGACUUAGGCGUGCCAGCAAGAACCAGUCAGACUAUCAAUGUGACCCUGAAUGUCCAAAGGAACUAUCACCCCCCUUACUUCCUCAACCUUCCACACAACAUCACCAAUUUAGCUGUGGAUACCAGGGUGAACACCCUGAUCUACACUGUGCAAUCUAGGGAUAAUGACACACAUACUCCAUUCAAUGACAUAUCAUAUUUCCUAAUUGGAGAUGACUCUGCCCUAUCUUACUUUAAUCUGGAUCAAUCAUCUGGUAUUAUUUCUCUCCGGAGAGAUCUGACCAGUGACUCAAACCAGUUCUACAGGUUGCGUGUGAUAGCAGUAGAUGGUGGAUUGCCCCCCAAACAGUUCACUGCCACUGGAACUAUUGACAUCUCCCUGAAGAUGAACAUCCAUGCACCCAUCAUACAACCCACCACCUACACUGCCAAUAUUACUGAGGACCAUGAUGUGGAUGAAAGCAUUGGGAUUGUCAUCACUGCUACAGAUCAGGAUAUCAGGAGGCCAGAAAAUGAAGUGCAGUAUGAAAUUUUGGGAGGCCAUGAGUACUUUGGAAUCAAUGCAUCCACAGGCGUGAUUUAUGUCAAGAAAUGGCUGCGCAAGGACUCCACAGAAACAGGAGUAUACACAUUCCUGGUCACCGCUUAUGACAAGGGUUACCCACGUAAACAAAGUCAGAUUCCUGCCAGAGUGAUAGUUUAUGUGAUACGUGAAAGGCAGUGUCCUCAGUUUAACAUCACAGACUACUCUGGCAGUGUGGACGUCACGGCUCAGCCAGGAACCUUUGUACUCCAAGUGCAAGCUGAAGAUGUUGGUGGGACUGGUGGCAUUGACUACACAAUUAUUGGAGAUGAUGCUGCACCUAAUGUCUUCCAAAUUGACCAGACUACAGGAAGGGUUUCAACCAAAGAAGGCCUUGCUUCUGACAACAGUGUGAAAUAUCAGCUCCGUAUCCAAGCCAGCAAUCGUGCUGUUGUUCCGUGCACCACAAACAUUGUCAUCAACAUUGGUGUUCUACGUAACUUCCAUAGACCAGUUUUCCAGGAGCUAACAUACCAGACCACCAUCUUGGAGACCCAUCCUGUCAAUUCCCCUAUCCCUGGUAUCAGGCUCAAUGCUACAGAUAAGGAUGAAGUUAGACCAGACAGUGUUGUUGUCUAUUCCUUGGUGGACUCUCCAGAUGCCAGAUUUUUCGAGCUGGAUGAAGAACUAGGUGUUCUCUCUCUUAAACAGUCCAUUUGGGGCUUUACCAAGACACGAUAUGUGUUCACUGCUACUGCGAAAGACAAAGGGAACCCACCCCAGACCAGCCGUUUUACAGCCCAGAUCACAGUGAAUGUACUGAGGAACAGCCACCCACCUGUGAUAGACACAAACAGGGACUAUGUGAUCACUAUACCUGACACCACACCUGUGAAUACCCAGGUCAUCAGGGUGGAAGCAACUGACAAUGACACUAGGCCUGAGUUUUCUACCAUUGGCUGGGAAGUUGUUGGCAGUGCCAAUUCUGCUUUAUAUUUCACUAUAGAUCAGAAUGGCUGGGUGAGAGUGAAAAAAAAUCUACAGGAGACUCCGCAAAUUAACUUCCUAGUGUUAGUGAGGGCAUAUGACAGUGGUCUACCAGCCAAGGAGGCUAUGGCUGAUGUCCAUAUCAUAGUUGACCACAACCGUGACCGUCCCAUCUGGAGACAGUCCUCCUUCAGCCACAGGAUACUGGAGACACAGGAAACACAUGAAACCUUACUCACUGUUCUGGCUGAGGAUUCCAGUGCUCUGCCACCAUUCAAUGAAGUAGAAUACAAAGUGAUAGGCAGAGACCAGCAGGCCAUAGACUACUUUGGUAUGGAAGGAAGAAGCCUGUACCUGAGGAAAUCUCUGAAUGGGAUCAAUCCAAGAAUAGACAACUUUGUGAUUGAGAUCCUUGCCUAUGACAAGGGAACUCCCAGCAAGAAUGCUUCCACUGUGGCCACAGUGAAUAUGGGGGUAGAUUAUAAUUUGUACCCUCCAGAGUUCCUGGGAGAACCUUACUCUGUCAAUGUGUCCACUGAUUCUUCCGGGGCCGUUUUCCAAAUCAGGACCAGAGAUAAUGACACUGUGAUCCCAUUCAAUCGAACAACAUAUGAGAUGACAGGCAUUUAUAACACUCCUGACUACUUUGGAAUCAAUCCACUGACAGGAAUGAUCAGCCUAAAACCUGGUGUAAUGUUGUCCAGAAUUGAUGAGAAGAAAUUUGUAGCUGUCAUUGUUGUUCGAGAUGGAGGCAAACACCAGAGCCAGAAGACUGCUGAAACUACUGUAGAGAUCAAUGUGGUGUGUGGGGGUCAGGGUCCUUACUUCCCCUCCAGUAUUGCCCGUCUCAUCACACUGUCAGAGGACAGGGGCAAUGGACUGGUCCACACGGUCACUGCUCAACACUUCACUCAGUCCACUGACAACACUCUUGUGUACAGGAAGUCCGGUUCUGGGUCAGCAACACAGUAUUUCAUUGUCAAUUCCGGCAACGGUGAGAUCACCCUGAUCAGAUCUUUGAAGCUUUCCAAUGAUCCUUUCAUGCAGCUGACCAUAGAAGCUGAAGACCAGUGUGGCAGAAUUGCCACCAUCCAGUUGCAUAUCCAGAUCGAUCGCGGGACCACAGGAGACGGAAUCAGCUUCAUUGGGGCUCCGUACAUUAUCAAUAUCACUGAGGCACAGGCCAUUAAUGAGACACUGUUUACAGCCAAUGCUGGGGUCGGAGUCACAUACUCAAUCCAAUCAUAUGGAAACAUCUUGUCAUACUUCAACAUUGAUCAACUGACAGGUCAAGUCAGACUAACCCAGAGCAUUAGAAAUGACAUAUAUAAAUUACCAUUUUAUGUGCUGAGCAUACAAGGUCGCCGUGGCAGUGCGACAGGAGUUGCCACGGCAAUUGUGAAUGUUCUUCGUAAUGCAUACUGCCCAGAGUUCUCGCGUCGAAAUGGAUACACUUUCCAGGUCCCUGAAAACUACCCAUUGGCAGUUGGGUUUGGACAGGUGUCUGCCAUAGAUAAAGAUGGGGACAUUGUGAGCUAUUCCAUUCUUGGAAAUGCAGCAAAUGAAUUUUUCUUCAUCGAUAAUGGUACUUUGCUACUUAGGAAAAGCCUUGAGGAUGCCAACAUAAGGACAUUUGCUUUCACAGUGAGAGCCAGUGACAACCAGGUGCCUCCCUGUACAAGACAGACCAGUGUCACAGUCCAAGUGACCACUAACAACACUUUACCUGUCUUCCUUAACCUGCCAGCCAUUGUUAACACCACCAGCAAUAUUUCCCCGGGUCGCCACUUAUUUACUGUGUUAGCAAGGGACUCGAACCAACAAGGCACCUUGCAGUACUCCAUUGUUGGACCCCCAGGGGAUGCCAGCUACUUCAACAUGGAACCCAAUGGAAGGUUGACUCUCAGGUCCUCCUUGGGUGGCCAGAGUGGAAGAACAUUCACAAUCAGAGUAGUAGUGUUUGACAGUGCCUUCCCAGACCAGAGGACACAGGACACUAUAACCAUUAACGUGAUAUGCAGCCCCCGUGGACCCAACCUGUUAAUCCAGAGAUACUAUCUGACCAUUACUGACCAGUUUUCAGCUGGACAGGAAGUAGGAGUGCCCCUUGUGGCUUCUCAUCCUACAAAUGAUUCUCUGACAUUCAAAAUCAUUGGUGAUAACCAGGUCAAUCAGUGGUACUACAUUGAAUCCAGAACUGGACAGAUAUACACCCGUCGUCCAAUGAAAGAUGCACCUCAAUCCAGUGAUGAGUUUGCUGUGGAGGUCAGUGACCAGUGCCAACCACCCAAGACUGCCAUAGCACACGUGAAUGUGACCAUUUUGAGAUCUGGAGCUCAGCCCGCAUUUGAGAACCUUCCAUUUACGCUCCCCCUCCCUGUUAACACUACUAUCAACAGAGCCAUUUAUCAAGUCAAAGCCACUGAUGAGAAUCUUGUAAACACCAUCAACUACCGCGUCAUGGGUCAGUACCCAGCCACUCAGUACUUUGAAAUGAGAGACCCCACAUCUGGUCUUAUCUAUAUCAAGCGCUCCAUGACAGAAGACGAGACAAGGACAUCGGCUUACUUUAUAUGUGUGGCUGCCUAUGACAGCGCCUUCCCGAACGACCAGGCCAUCCGCUGCCUUACAGUGACACCUCUACGGAACUUUGCCAGGCCAGAAGUUCCUGACUAUAUUAGAAAUAUAUCCAACACUUUCCCUGUAGGUUCAGUUGUAUUGGAUGUUAAUGCCACAGAUGCUGAUGGGGAUGAGUUAGUAUACGACUUGCCCAACAACUCAGAGCUUCGUAGGGCAUUCUUCAUCGACAAGACUACUGGAGAAAUACGCCUCCUCACCUCUCUAGCCAAUCAAAAUGGGCAGUUCAGAUUUUCUGUAAUAGUAUAUGAGAGAGACAACCCCAGCAGAGUCGGUAUUGGCACAGUAACUAUACACUACGGUGGUUCCGGAGGCACCAGCUCCUGUGAAAUUUCCUUCCCACAAGGCCAGCUCACUGCCAGAAUAAAAGAGAACAUUCAAGUCGGGGAGGUGUUUGUCCGCACACAGCUGCCCAGGAGAAGUUGUGUGAAGCAAGGAGAUUCAACUGAGGAUGAGUUAGUAUACGACUUGCCCAACAACUCAGAGCUUCGUAGGGCAUUCUUCAUCGACAAGACUACUGGAGAAAUACGCCUCCUCACCUCUCUAGCCAAUCAAAAUGGGCAGUUCAGAUUUUCUGUAAUAGUAUAUGAGAGAGACAACCCCAGCAGAGUCGGUAUUGGCACAGUAACUAUACACUACGGUGGUUCCGGAGGCACCAGCUCCUGUGAAAUUUCCUUCCCACAAGGCCAGCUCACUGCCAGAAUAAAAGAGAACAUUCAAGUCGGGGAGGUGUUUGUCCGCACACAGCUGCCCAGGAGAAGUUGUGUGAAGCAAGGAGAUUCAACUGAGGGAGAGUUUGAGUUCCUUCUUGAAGCCACAGAGCCAGCAGCAUCUUACUUUGGAGUUAACAGGACCACCGGAGACAUUUUUGUCACCAAAUACCUGAGAGACCUGCAUGACAGCUAUACAAAGUUCCAGCUGACCUUGGUUGUCCGGGAUAGUGCUGACCAUGAGGUAACAGACUCCAUGGUGGUCAAUGUAGAUGUGACCCGUAACAUCCACCAACCAUCACUCAGAGUGUUCUAUCAACAGGAGAUUCCUGAAACUCAAGGUGUCGGCACUCAGGUGGCAAAUCUCACUGGAUCGGACCUUGAUGGGGAUGAAUUGAGAUAUGAGAUCACAGGCACAAACCAAACCAGACAGUACUUCUAUGUGAUACCAACAGAGGGAGGUAUUUACCUGAAAAAGCCAUUACAGGGACCGGAGCAUCCAAGAUUAUUCUAUUUCAAUGUGAAGGUCAGAGAUCAGAGAAACCCAGAGAAAUCUUCCACUGCCUCAUUUACAAUCCGAGUCAGCAGUGAAAAUGUCCCACCACAGUGGCUCCAGCUGCCUUAUGGCACAAACAUCAAACGCAAUGCCUCAGUUGGUGAUGUGGUGAUCACAGUGGCCGCUGCUGAUCCCGAUCUAAAAGGCACUCUGAGAUACCGACUUGGUCCUGGUGUGGUACCAGCUCCGUAUUUCUUCACUAUUGAUGAAAUAACUGGUCAAGUUAAAGUCAGGAAUAGUCUCACAUUGGGAACCGAUUCAGUAUACAAUUUACGCGUCCAAGCCUUUGACGAUGGCUAUCCAUUUAACUACAAUGAGACAACAGUGACACUCACCAUACCCCAGCAGGCCCCUGUGUGGCAGACGACAGUUAUCACUAGAAAUAUCUCCAGAUCCCUUGGUCCAGGAAGUACUGUGAUCACACUGGACGGAUAUGUUACUGACCCAGAUGGGGAUCACCUAACCUACACUCCAGAAGAUGGCAGCACUCCUGGUGCCUAUUCCUACUUCCUGCUCAGACAGGAUAACGGAAAAAUCAUUGUUACUGGACUGUUGAGCCAAGCACCUUCAUCAACAUAUCGGUUUAACAUAAGAGCCACAGACAAUCGCAGACCGCAGCAGUCAGCAUCAGGUGUAGUUAUUAUCAAUCUUAUGGACGAAGAGAAACCGCCAGUUCAGAACAUCAGCUACACCACCACCAUUGAUGACACCCAUCUGGUCAAUUCUGAUGUGUUUGAAUUACGAAAUUCUGGGAAUGUCGUCCUGCGCUAUGAGAUGGCAGAGGAGCAGCAGCAAUAUCCUGCAUCCUACUUCUUCCGGGUAACCCAAGAUGGCCAUGUGCAAGUGAAGCAAAGUCUGCUGAAUGAUGUCCAGCUGUCACCCAAGUACACUCUCUUGGUUGCUGGAUAUAAUGUGGCUGAGCCUGGGUCCGGGCCUCUUGUAUACAUUACUCUGUAUGUCAAUGUGCGACGUAACCAGGCAGGACCCCAGUUUAACCGGACUGUUUACUAUAGCAACAUCACAGACACACACCCCAUUGGAGGUUUAGUUAUCAUACUACAAGGCAGGGAUCCUGAUGGCGGCUCCAUUACAUAUAAUCUGGUUGGAGAUGAAAAUGCCAAGGCACACUUCUUUGUCCACCCAACCACAGGAGAAAUUAUUCUGAUCAAGUCUCUGGCAGAUGUGACCACUUCAUACUUUUAUCUUGUGAUUGAGGCUUGUGAUGAUGAUCGUCCUAAGAAAUGUGUCAAUCUCACCAGCACCAUUAACGUGUCACGUAAUCGCAACUUGCCACAGUUUACAAAUGUACCUCACACCCUCAGUAACUUCCCACCUGGCGUGAACUCAGGAUAUAUAGUCUAUAGAGUACAGGCAAUAUACCCCCAGGGAGGAGAUCUUGAGUACCAGCUAGUAGGAGAGGGUCCAGCCACACAGUACUUCAGAAUUAACCAAACAACUGGAGAGAUUAUUGUCAGACGUCCCCUGGAUAGAGAUAUCUCUAUGUAUAUUCUUAAAGUGCUUGCUAGGGUCAUAGAUCAACCACAGCUAAGCACAACUGGCACAGUGACACUGUUUGUAAACACCAAUACCAAAGCCCCGCAGUUCAACCCUAGUGUUAUUAUGGUUCCAAUUGAUCCAGAUCAACAAGUAAAUACACCAUUCCGCACAGUGACUGCCACUGAUGAAGAUGGUGAUGAGUUGACCUACAGUCUGAUCAUGGUGAUCCCUGAAUACUCCAGCCAGUGGUUCAGGAUUGACCCAAAUACUGGAGCAAUAUCUCUUACAAAUUCUGUAGAAUAUGACAACUCCACCCGCUAUACUUUGGUUGUCCAAGCAGCUGAUGGCGGCUACCCCAGCCCUCAGUUUGGCUAUGCCACAGUCCAUGUGCUUGUGGACAGGAUAGGCGGAAUCAGUGUGUCUUCUUUCACUGCCAAUAUUUCUGAGUCACACCCAGUGGGAGGAUUUGUCAAAGUGAUUACUGCUACUGGCUCUGGACUCAGAGGUUCUCCAAGGUUCCAUAUUACAGGAGUCUACCCAGCUCCACAUUUCUUCUCCAUUGUAGAAGACACUGGGGUGAUCAGGGUGCACAGGUCAUUGAGGGAAGACAGCCUGCAGCUUCCAGCGUUUAUUGUGAGAGUGGAGGUCUAUGACUCUCUUUACCCAGAGAACAAAGCCUCAGCCACUGGUGUCAUCAAUGUAAUGCGGAACCCAACUGGACCCAGGUUCACACCACCCACUUACAACGUGAACCUGACUGAUAUCUCUCCAGGGGGGAUGCUCAUACAGGUCUAUGCUACUGAUGAGGAUGGGGAUGACCUGAGAUAUACAAUAGAGAGUGCUAAUGAUGAUGGCCUCAACUUAUUCCACAUUACCCCAGACGAUGGUGUGAUCUACAUGAGGAAACCUGUCAGUGAAGCACAAAAGGAUGAGUAUACUAACAUGCCAUCUUCUUACCAUAUUACUACCUGUUUCCAGCUAAUCUUGGUCACAUACGACCAAGCAUACACUGAUACCAAGAAUACUGCCACAGUUCAGAUUAAUGUUAACCGUAACAGUGGCAACGUGUACUUCAACCCCAGUUUGUACCCUGUAGAGGUAGAGGACACUACACCAAUUGGAGCAGCACUAGUACAAGUCAAGGCCACUGAUGAGGAUGGGGAUCCUAUCACAUACAGUAUAUUAAGUGGAGGACAAUUCUUCAUACACCCUACAACUGGAUGGAUCUACACAACUGGACAACUCUCAGACUCAGACUAUUAUCUCAACGUACAAGCCAGUGACAGAGGAAACCCUGAGAAGACAGACAAUGCUACAGUCCACAUCCAUGUUGUCUUUGACACUGAUCUGCCGGUUGUCACCCUGCCACCUGGUGUGGAUGUAGAAGUGACUUGGCCCAGGAAUAGGGGCAUUAUUAAUGUCACUGCUACUGAUGCCAAUCUUAGGGGUGAGCUGGUGUAUGAAUUGGUAGGGGAUCACACAUCAAUGCAGUUCUUUGGAAUCAAUAAUGAAACUGGUCAAAUUUACCUAAAGAGGUCCCUGCUAGAAGACCCUGCACUUAAUACACAGUACUUUUUGACGGUCCGUGUGUAUGACACUGCUUUCCCCGAGAACUCAAGAGAGGCUUUGACUAUAUUCAGAGUCAAUAGAAAUCCUGGAUAUCCCAUAUUUAUCGGGGACUAUGACAAGACUAUUGCUGAAGACUAUGGAUGGGGUGUAGUAGUCAAUGUGACUGCAGUCGAUGCUGAGAGGCAAAAGAUGGAGUAUGAAUUGAUAGGCAACCAGAGAGCAAUGCAGUACUUCUAUAUCAACAAAGAUACUGGGGCAGUGCAUAUUAAGAGACCUCUGCCAGCUGGCAGGAAUGAGACAUUUUAUCUAACUGUCAGGGCCACAGACAAUGGAAAGCCUCCCAACUCAGAGGAGACCACUUUCACUAUCCAAGUAGUGGGCACAAGCACUGGAUUGCCUGUCUUUGAAAAUACUCCCUAUAUUGUCAAUGUCUCUGAAAACAGACCUACUGACAGUUUGGUAUUUGACCAAGUGCUGGCAAGGCUGCCCUCUGGUUCUCAGGGAAGAGUACAGUAUGAGCUGGCAGAGUAUGGACAGUUCUUCCGCAUCCAAAAAGACACUGGGUUUAUAUACCUGACAAACUCACUGAGAGAUGGGAACCUGGAUGUGUAUAGACAAAGAAUAGCAGCCUACAGCAGUCUGCGCCCAGAUGUAAAGGCGUACACUGAUGUUGUCUUCUAUGUGUCUCGUAAUGAGAAUCCUCCUGUGCCGGAAUACAACUACAUAGUAGUGAACAUCACAGAUUAUCAUCAACUGGGUGCUAGGAUUGUUACUUUGACAGCUACAGAUAAAGAUAAUGAUCAUCUACGUUAUAAGCUAACAAGUAGCAGAGAUUGUCUUCAGUACUUCUACAUGGAUUCUGAUACUGGAAUGAUGUCCCUACGUAGUACACUAGAGGAAUCUUCACCAAGAACAUUUGAUUGCAUGGUCACAAUAUCUGACAGAGGAGUAGGUGACAAUCCAAACACAGCAGAAGUCAACAUUAGGGUCAAUGUGAUCAAGGAUGUGACACCAGAGGUCGCUAAUGUCACUUUGGAGAUACCAGAAGAUAUGGCAGUGGGGACUGUCAUUGCCACUAUCCAAGGCAGGAAGGACAAUGUGGUUGGCCAUUUGAAGUAUGAAUCAGAUGGAAUAUACCCUGCACCAACAUUCUUCUCCAUCAAUGAGACCAGUGGGCAGAUACAGAUAGCCCGAAGUUUGAGAAAAGACACAUUGCGACUGACUUCCUACACUCUUGUUGUGCGCGUGUUCGACACUUCUAGUCCUUCUUCUGUGGGAGUUGCCAAUGUGUAUAUUACUGUUACCAGAAACCCUGGGCAAGUAACUGUCUUCCCAACAUCACACAGACUCACCAUACAAGAUACCCAGCUGGUAGGAGAGGACCUCUUUAUACUGAAUGGAACAGAUCCCAGUGGAGACAAACUGUACUGGAAUAUCAGCAGCAGUGAGUUGGCCAGGGAGUACUUCUGGGUGAACCCAGACACUGGCGCCAUCUCUGUGAAGAAGGAUCUAACUCUGGAUACAUCAGGGACUGAAAACUACGUGGUAUUAGUGUGUGCAUAUGACCCAUAUGGUAGCACUGCCUGUUCCAAUAUUGUUGUCCAUGUGAACAGAGACAAAAAUGUCCCAGAAUUCCCAGGACAGCAGAAUAAUUUCACCGUUCCCGACAGCACCAAUGAAACCACAGUCAUUACCAUUGUGCGAGCUAGAGAUGAUGACUGUCCUGACUCGGCCCAAAUCCUAUACAAUUUGAUUGGAGAAUUCCCAGCGCCAAGUUUCUUUGAAAUAGAACCCACCACGGGAGAGAUUUCCCUGAAGACUGACCUUAAACUGGAUGUCUCCAACACAAACCCAUAUGUACUUCGUGUUGAAGCCUACUGCAGUGCUUUCCCUGAGAACAAAGCUGUCAAGGAGUUCUAUGUGUAUGUGGACAGGAACAGGUAUGGACCUGAGGUGCUGAACGGACCAUUUACAACAGAUCUUCAGGAGUUCCAGCCACCUGGCUAUGUUAUUUUCACUGUGAUGGGAUCUGAUAGAGAUGGGGACCAGUUGACAUACAGAAUUGUUGGAAACAACGAUGUGAAGCACUGGUUCUACAUACAGCCUGACACUGGAGAGUUACAAUUGAAGUCUCCUCUGUCUGACACCAACAUUACUGAUUUUAACUUCCACAUCAACAUCACUGACAGAGGCUCUCCAGAGAAGUUCAUACUGACCCCUGUGUCUAUAAAGGUCAUACGAGACACUGGGCCACCCAAAUUUAAUGGGCCUUACAGCACUGCAGUCAAUGAAACUGUCAAUAUUGAUACCUUUGUGAUUAAUGUGGCAGCUGAGGACAAUGACCUAAAGGGCCGGCUGAUCUAUGAUAUUAAUGGCAUCAGUCCAGCACCACAGCGUUUUGUAAUAAACCAGAAUGGAGACAUACGUGUCAAAGACAGGCUGGACAGGGACAAUAAUGAACAGUACAGAAUUGUGGUUAUAGCUUAUGAUGAGAAGUACCCCAGCAAUGUUGGCAGUGCCACAGUGACAGUGACAGUGAAUCGUAAUGUGUACAGACCAGAGUUCACAAGGACGGACUACUCGGCCACUGUGGAUGAACACGCCCAUGUGGGUCACUUGGUCACCAAUGUCACAGCAACUGAUGGGGAUUCAGAUGGAACCUUGUAUUACAAUAUUAUUGGAAAUGAAAAUGCCCCAGAAUACUUUUUCAUCCAUCCAACUUCUGGGCAAAUCUUAAUCAGCAAGGUUCUAUGGAAGGAUGCUACUCAGGCCACUUCAUAUACAGUUGUGGUGGAAGCUAAAGACCGUGGUACUCCUCAAAGGUCCAGCACGGCAGUGGUGCUUGUAUCUGUCACAAGGAACCAGUAUGCACCAACAUUUGAGAGGGUUGCCAACCUCACCAUACCUUCACACCAAGAGGUCGCCACAAAGAUUUACACUAUAGUUGCUAGAGAUCCUGAUCCACAGGGUCCUAACAGUGUGAUCAGAUACAGUGUAGUAGGCCAGCACAAUGACACCUUCCAGAUUGGUCCUGAUUCUGGUGUUCUCUCUCUCAGGAGGUCUAUUGUCAGGGACACCAGAGAGCUGUACAUUGUCACAGUGAGAGCCACAGAUGGUGGCAGACCAGUGCCUAAAUACAGAGAUGUGAACAUCUGGAUCAGGGUGGUUCAGAACACCACAGUACCGAGGUUCACCCAGAGCGAGUACAGAGCCAAUGUCUCCGAGUUGGCGCCACUCAACCAGUUUGUGGUCCAAGUAGAGGUCAUAAGAAAUGGACUGGCACUACUGGGUGAACUCAGACAUGAUUUGAUUGGCUCCGGUGCAGAGCAUUUCCGCAUCAAUCGUGACACAGGCGCCAUCUACCUUGCCACCAAUCUGAAACAAAUUACAGAUGUCAACACAUUCAGUUUGACAGUGGAUGCCUACGACACAAGAAAUGCUGAAUAUGGUCGUAGCUCUGUUCCAGUGUACAUCCGAGUGCUAAGAGUGGCGGAACCAAUCCGCUUCCUGUACUCUGCCUUUGCCAUCAACAUCACCGAAACACAGGAGAGAAUUGUGCCAAUACAGAGAGUCACUGCUACUGAUCCAAAGGGAGGUCAGUUAACAUAUUCCAUUGAUACAGAGGCGUCAACUAGGACAUCUCCACAACCCAUUACACACUGGUUUUAUAUCCAUCCAACAGAGGGAGACCUGUCAGUAGCCAGCUAUCUCACAGGGGACCCAGAAAAAAGAACAGAGUAUAAAUUGGUAAUAAAAGCAACAGACAGAAGCAUUCCUCCAAGAAGCGCAAGCACAAUUGUCAACAUCUACGUCAGCAGAAACAUGCACGCUCCUGUGUUCUCACGAUCAACAUACACUGCUAAUGUUUCUGAAUCAGACAGAAUCAACACGGAGAUUGUGACUGUCAGAGCUACUGAUUUAGAUGGAGAUGCAGUGAGAUACAAAAUGGCAGUUUCCAAUGAAGUGACCUCAUACUUCACACUGGAUGAGGUCUCAGGCACCAUCAGCAUCUUCAGGAACCUUCAGACCAUCCCUGGCGACUUGCUAGAGUUCCAAGUAAUUGCCACGGACAGACGAAACCCAGAGAAGACCAGUACCGCCACAGUGAUCGUAUACGUCAGCAGGCCCUCAGUUUUGCCAGUUUUCAGCACUGAAUCCUACAAUGCCACCAUCUCAGAGUAUGUCAGAGUGCAGACACCUGUACAGACAGUCAAAGCUGAUGGACGGAACUCCAUUCGAUACACUCUUCAAGGCAGAGGCAGUACCACUGGUGCUGCCAGAUACUUCAUCAUCAGCCCUAAUACAGGCGUUGUCACUGUAGCACAGUCAUUGUACACAGAUCUCACACAGACAAAGCUGUACCAGAUGGAAAUCACAGCCACAGAUACAGUUGGAGCUAUCCCAUACACUGCUACAGCAUACCUCGAUGUUAUUGUUUUACGAAACGAACAUGGUCCAAAGUUCAGCCCUGACAGAUAUUUGCAAAAUGUCAGUGAGGAGAUUCCAUAUGGCACCAACUUGGUGACUGUCAGCGCUACCGAUGAAGACAGCAUUCUACAACCUGGAUACCCUAGCUCAAAGAUUACAUAUAGUAUCAGUUCCCAAGAUCAGCUAGGUAACAGGUUCUUCCAAAUCCACCCAGACUCUGGAGUUGUCUCCAUCAGACAGCUACUGGUCAAUGACAUUGAUAGGAGAACUCAGUACACGUUUACUGUCAUUGCCAAAGAUGGAGCCACUGUUCCCAAGAGUUCCACAGCAUUGGUUGUGAUUAAUGUGGCAAGACAAGACCAACCAGACACUGGAGAGAAGGUCCUAGGGUUUGAAAAGAAUUUAUACUACAUUGGCACUAAAGAAAAUGUGGCCAAGAACAGGAAGCUGCUGCACUUGACAGUUCGAUACUCUUUGCUCAAUGCUGCUGUACAGUGUAACAUUGCUCCUAGAGAUAUUGGUAAUGUGUUUGAAAUCAGAAGGAAUUUCAAGGAUUGUGAACUUUGGCAGAUUGGAGAUCUGGACAGGGAGGCUGUGGACUUCUACAAUUUAACAAUUACAGUCGAAAAUGUUAACCCAGAGAACUCUAGGAAAAAGAGGGCUGUGGUUUACCACACCUACCAGCCAGCCACUGUUUUGGUUCAUGUGUUCGACGCCAAUGACAAUGCACCACAGUUUGUUUACCGCCAGCCCCCGUACCUCAAGUCCAUACGUGACCCCACGGAAAGCGUGUACUAUGGCGUCAUCUCUUCUGCUGCACUCCCCUUCAGUCCAGUUGUACAAAUCUGGGCAACCGAUGCUGAUUUGGGCCCCAAUGCCAAUGUCACCUACGGCAUUCCUCCUGCAAAUGGUGCCCCACUUCCUUUCACCAUCUCUUCACGGGACGGCCAGAUCUAUACUACCAAGCACUUUGUCUAUACAGAGGAGCGCAACAAGACCACUGCGGAGCCCUUCAAGCUGGAGGUGUUUGCUGAGGACAACCCCACUGAUAUUACGGAAACACCCAAUAGAAGUGUUAAUGUUGCCUGGAUCAAUCUCAUUUUGGAUCGCCACCGCAUGAUAAUGAGAAUAGCUAAGCAGAAACCAGUCCAAGUAGCUGCUUACAAGGCUGCCAUCAUAGACAUACUACAACAGAAGUCUGGUUAUGUGAUUCUUAUUGAGAAGAUAGAGAAUGCCAAUUUGCAGGUUCAAACAAUCCGAAAUAAUGUGGAAAUCAGAAGUUCUGAUGAAGAUACUGACCUGUGGUUUGUGGCUGUAGAUCCAACAACUAAGAAAAUUGUGGAGAGGGCACAACUAGAUAUUGAAAGUAAAAUCAUGAACAAGGCAGCUGUUGCUGGAAUUGCUAGUGCAGUGAAGGCAGGACCUGGUGUCAGAGUGGAUGACAUCCGUGCUCCUUACACUGGAGAGACCAAAGGACCCACUGCUGCUGAAAGCAAGUUUGUCUACAUGAACGAUGGGGACAUCUGGUGGCCAUAUUUGGUGAUUGCCCUCCUCAUCCUUAUUCUGGCCAUUGUGGGCAUUAUUUUGCUGUGUUGGUUCUGGUCAAGAUACAAACGUUACAUGAACAGAGAGAGCCACCUAUAUGUGCCUGGAGGAACUAUGUACGGUGCAGAGUUUGUUGAACCACCAGCCUAUAUGACUCAUCCAGAUGAAGAAACACAGAGUCUAGGGAUGUAUGUAGUGAAUGCGGAUGAUGGAGAUGAAGUACAAGGUGCUGCUGUGAAUUUCCACGACUCUGAUGUUGAGGAUGAGACCAAAAGUGUGACCAUGAAUGUAGGGGAUCAUAUACAAGAAGAUGAAACAAAAAGUCUCACCAUGUUUGUGCCUACGGAUGAAGCUGAUCAAGGUCUCGGAGAGGUCAACCUCACCUUCCAAGCAGAUGACCUCGCACAGGCCUAUGCUACUGGAGGAGCACACACAGAAGCCAUGCAGGUUACGCACACUGCAGAUGGUGGAGUGGCUGCUGCUAUUAAUCCUAUCUAUGAAGGAAACCAAGCCCAUACCACAGAAACCCGUGAAGAGCGUUAUGUAACAUCUUAUCAAGAAAGUCGGACAGAACUUUAAAAAUGCAGCUGCAAGAAACUGAAAAUAUGUGAUAAUUUUGAAAGCUGCAAUGUUGAUAUCAACUGAGAAUCAACUGUGACAAUAAUGACAAAGAACUUCAGAAUACCAAGCAGUAAUUUUUACACAUGCUGCAAGAGAUUAAGAUAGUGCCAUUAAAAAAAGUGAAAAACAUUGGAGAAAUCCAUUUGAUGUAUACUUAAUAUAAAUUACUGUAUUUUUGUGCCAUAAUUCUUCUUAAAAAAAAGAGAUAAGUCUUUCCUCCCAAUCUUUUCUAACUUUUAAAUUAUGUUUUAUAAUGUAGGGAUUAAUUUUAGUUAAAAUAUCUAGCUUGCUUAGAUUUAUAUUAUUAUCAUUGUGCUUUAUAUUUAUUACCUGUUAAUUUAAAUUUAGACUUUUUUCAAUGUUUGGCCUAUAAAUUUGAGGGGUCCAAGAUUAUAUAGCUGUUUGUGUCAUUUUCUGAAUUAAACAUGUGCCACUUUGAUCUACUUAAUAUAAAUGUGCUGCCAUAGUCUACUCAAGUUUUCAUUGUGUCUUUAA